AUGGCAACAGCAGCAGCAGCAGCAGCUUCACCGGACCGACCGCAUGAACAGGGCAUUACGGCGGGGGAUUGGCCGGAUGAGCAGCUCCAUCCCAGGCAUCGCUCGGUUGGUGGUGGCCGUGCGCAUGUUCGAGAGCAGGGAUUGAAUACUGGUGUUCGUGUGAUGGAUGACGGACGAUUGGAUAUCAAGUUUCGCGAACAUAAGCCCUGGCUGCUCAAUCUGGUAAAGAAUCUUGAACGGUACCCGAAGCCCCUGCGCGGGGACCGUAGACCGUCGGUUAUGUCGAUAGAGGGACAGGAUACGUUUCCCUUGCGUUUAAACAUCGUUAUCCACGUGGUGGGUUCUCGCGGCGACGUGCAGCCGUUCGUUGCGUUGGGAAAGGAGUUACAGAAGCACGGACACCGGGUCCGGCUGGCUACCCAUCUCUCCUUUCGUGAAUAUAUCAAUGAAACAGGGUUGGAGUUUUUCAACAUUGGAGGCGACCCCGCAGAAUUGAUGGCGUUCAUGGUCAACAAUCCGGGUUUGAUGCCGGAUAUGCGGACGAUUCGCAGCGGUGCGAUCCCAAAGCGUCGUCGGGAAAUGAAGACGAUUUUCUCUGGGUGCUGGCGCUCGUGCUUUGAGACUGGGGAUGGGACGGGGAUGCAUCAUAUCAAGGAGGAUCCGUGGAGCGAGGCUCCAGAUUGCAACAGCCAGCCGUUUGUCGCCGACGUGAUCAUUGCGAACCCACCCAGUUUCGCGCAUCUGAGCUGUGCAGAGAAGCUAGGGAUUCCGGUGAAUAUGAUGUUUACGAUGCCAUGGUCGGCGACACAGUCAUUUCCCCAUCCAUUGGCCAAUAUCCGGGCGCGGAAUACCAAGCCAUCCGUUGCGAAUUUCGCGUCAUAUGCUAUUGUCGAGGUAAUGCUCUGGGAAGGCCUGGGUGACCUAAUCAAUCGCUUUCGGAAGAGGGAGCUGGGCUUGGACCCCUUGGAUGCCAUUCGGGCUCCCAGUAUCGCACAUCGGUUGCAGAUACCAUAUACCUACCUGUGGUCCCCAUGCCUCCUUCCCAAGCCUCAGGACUGGGGUGAAAACAUCGACGUCUGCGGGUUUCAGUUUCUGCCCAGCGACACGAACUACAAACCACCGGACGAUCUCGAUGCAUUUCUCAAAGCAGGCGACCCCCCGGUGUAUAUCGGUUUUGGUUCCAUUGUAGUGGAUAAUCCCGCUAAAUUGACGGAAAUCGUCUUCGAGGCGGUCCGCCUGACGGGGACGAGAGCGCUCGUGUCGAAGGGAUGGGGCAAUAUCGGAGAAGGAAGGGCUGAGAUUCCCGAAAAUGUCAUGCUGCUAGGCAAGGUUCCACACGACUGGCUCUUCCAGCAUGUUUCAUGCGUCGUUCACCAUGGUGGUGCAGGCACCACUGCUGCCGGGCUGGUCCUGGGUCGUCCGACGGUAAUUGUACCUUUCUUCGGCGAUCAGCCAUUCUGGGGAUCGAUUGUGGCGCGCGCCGGUGCUGGGCCACAGCCCGUGCCAUAUAAACAAUUGACCGCAGAGAAACUAGCAGAAGCAAUCAACAAAGCUCUAGAGCCAUCUACUCUAGAAAAGGCCGAGGAGAUAGGCAAAGGCAUGCGGACAGAAAAGGGCGUGCAAAACGCCGUCUGCAGCUUUCAUCAACAUCUCGAUUUGCGCCGCCUGCGGUGCGCGGUAUGUCCUACCCGUCCUGCGGUCUGGUGGCAUAAACAUCUGCACAUCAAGUUGAGUGCGUUUGCGGCAGCGGUUCUAGUGGAGGCUGGGAUUGUGGACCCGCAUAGCUUUGAACUGUAUCGCUCUAAGCACUACGACACGAACCAUGACCCGCAAGGACCGCUUUCCGCCGGUGCUGAGGUGCUAUACGGGGUUGUCAGCGAUUUCGUCAGUGGCCUUGCCACGGUGCCUACGGACCUGGUUGGAAUGCUUUCAAAGGAAAACCGCAAAAGAAAGCGUCACCAUCACAACCACCAUAUCAACCAGCGAGAUUGGGUAAAGUCACACUGUACUGCAAGCCUGGAGCAGUCGAAAGAACAAACAGGAGAGGGAUCAUCCAAUGAGCCUGUCAGUGGCGCCAGUCGUCAAGACCAAUCUGAGAGCGACGAUGGGUCUUCCGCUUCAGAAUCAGGGAGUGAAAACGAAUACGCCUCGGCCGAGGAAGAGCAGUCGGACCGCAGUAGUGCAGAUACAGUGGUUGAUGACUCCGAUGGCGCUGCGAAUGAACUCGAUCUGGAACGCACGCUGACCCAGAAACGAGCUAAACAACAGAAAAUCGGUACACAAGAGGUUCUAGCGGAAACAAGCUACCACACCUCCAAGUUCGCCAAGCAAGUGCUUAAUUUUGCGAUUAUGCUACCCACCGAUUUGACGCUGAGCCUAGCCAAGGGCUUCCAUAAUGCACCCAAGCUCUAUCAUGAUACGACGGUGCAACGGAUUCCGAGAGUCCGCAAUGUGAAAAGUGGCUUUCGAGCAGCCGGGAUCGAGUUCACCGAAGGAUUCUACUAUGGCGUUACUGGUCUUCUGACGCAGCCUGCUCGGGGUUUCCAGAAAUCCGGUGGCAGAGGCUUGGUCAAGGGCGUCGGAAAGGGCGUGGGUGGCGUGUUCUUGAAGCCCGCUGCAGGCAUCUGGGGACUAGCAGGCUUCCCGCUGGAUGGACUACACAAGAGCCUUCGCAAUUCCAUAACAAAGAACAAGACGAAGUACAUCUUACGGUCACGACUCAAACAGGGUAUCCAGGAAAUGUGUACCUCGUCAGCGGAGGAGAGAGCUGUCGUGAUUCAGAAAUGGCGUGAGCUGGAAAAGAAACACGGUCACCCUCAUUAG